AUGGACCUAGUCAAAAUUGUAGAUGAACACCCGGACACAGAGCUUUAUCCGUGUCCGUUUGAACUGGCUAGGGAGCUCAAUGUCCAGUACUACCUUGGUACUGAGUCUUCCCAUGAUGAUGACAUUAUUUCCAGUGUUUAUGCCCUGCCGGGAUCUUCUGCUGCUGUCAUUGCGUGGAAAAACGGGGACGUCUUCUAUCAUCCAGACCUUCUCUCGGGCGAUCCGCCAUCUCGACACCGACCGUCGGAAGGCUUUGUAACCGCCUUUGCAACGGUUCUACACGACACACCUUCCCGGAUUUUAUGUGGUCUCUCUACUGGAAGAGUAGCUGUUUUGGAUGUCAAAAAUACGAAAAACUUCCCUGUUGUCAUUGAUACGAUGUACCGCGGCCCUGUGAUAUCUAUGAUCUACACUGCUCCGCACAAUCGUGUCAUUGUAGCAGUGUUUGAGGGUUCUUCUGAGAGCCCGUUCGUUCAAGGGCGAGCCCAUUUAGUAGUAUUUGAUCAUCCAUCGACUUUUAGAUGGGUUCCUUCUAAACCAUUGGUUAUUCCGGCGUUCGCCAGUGCGCUAGAAGAAAAGCUUCUUCCGGUCAACCUCCAUCAAUGCAGUAGAGACUCUGUUCUAGUGUCGUACAAUAGUAGCGACGUACACGUCAGUGUCAUUGACCUGGACAACCCCGAUCAUUUGAGAGUUUUGUUUCCUUUCCCUAAAGUAUCAGGUCAAGUCGCUAGGCCUUGCUCAGUUCUGUGGUUCAGCAAUCAACAGCUACUUUUUUCGACUCCAGACUCGGAUAUUGUUGUGGUGUGUGUCAAAGGCGGUGCCUGGCACUUGCAUAUCCUUCGUUCUGUAUCAGGUGAAUACCCAAAGGAUUGGGAGCUCCUUUCCUCAUCCUCUCUUGUCUUUCAGAGGGAUUUAAUCCACGACUAUCGGGUUCUUGCAAUUUCAUCGUCUCCGGGCACCGUCACUCAAUUAAGGUAUGGACGCCAUCAUCGCGACCAGAAGGUGCAGAAUACUCCGAAGAAGUAG